CCCCGCGCCAUUUCCACGUCGCCGAGCCCGGGCGGGAUGCGGCUGCCCGGGCAGUGCUGGCUGCUGCUCUGGCUGCCGCCGCUGGCCUGGCUGCUCGCGGGCGCCGCGCGCGAGGAGGAGGCGGCGCUGUCAGUUCCAAGGUGUAAAGCUUUGAAGGAAAUGGAUUUAAUUAAAACUUCUGAGUCAGAUUGUUACUGCUACAACCACAACACCCAAAUGGAGUGGACAUAUAUGUGGUCAACUAUGCAGGUGAAAAUUACCAGUCCAGGUCUUCUCAGUAUUGAAUAUAUUACAGAAAAUCAUAAUUGCCAGUAUCCAGAAACCAUUCUGUCUUUUAUCAAAUGUGUGAUUAAUAACUUUUGGGUACCAGAGGAGUCUAAUGAAAUUACCAUAGUUAUCAGUCCAUAUGGGGAGACUGUGUGUUUCUCUGUGAAGCCUGUCAGGAAGAUAUUUAUCUAUACAAUGAGUGUGAAUCGAAACAUCGUGGAUUUCAGACUUUUCCUUGUGUUCAUGAUAGGCAUUUUCCUUUUCUUUUAUGCAGAGGUCUUAAGUCAAAGUCCUGUUUUCUAUUACUUUUUGGGAACCGUGCUAGGUGUUCUAAUGACAUUAGUCUUUGUCCUGCUGAUGGUGAAGAGGUACAUUCCAAAGUAUAGCACCUUUGGGGCUCUAAUGGUUGGUUGUUGGUUUGCUUCAGUUUAUUUUAUAUGCCAGUUGAUGGAAGACCUGAAAUGGCUGUGGUAUGGAAACAGAAUAUAUUUAUUAGGCUAUGUCUUGGUAGUUGGAUUUUUCAGCUUUGCUGCCUGUUAUAAACAUGGGCCCCUUGUUGAUGACAGGAGCAGAAGUCUUCUGACAUGGGUUCUGUGGUUCCUGUCCCUGGUUCUGAUCUAUGCUGGGGUGGCCAUGCCUCAGUUUGCUUAUGCAGUUAUGAUACUCCUCAUGUCUUCCCGGAGUCUGAGCUACCCAUUGAAAGCAUUCAGUUAUAUGAGGUGGAAAAUGAAGCAGAGGUUUACAUCGAAACGGCUGGUGGUUAAGUAUCUCACUGACGAUGAGUACAGGGAACAAGCUGAAGCUGAAACAACCAGUGCUCUGGAGGAACUGCGCCAGGCCUGCCGCCGGCCGGACUUCCCUUCCUGGCUGGCCGUCUCCAGACUCCAGACUCCUAAAAAAUUUGCAGACUUUGUUCUUGGAGCAAGUCACUUAGCACCUGAAGAAAUCAGUCUACAUGAAGAACAGUAUGGCCUUGGUGGUGCCUUCUUGGAAGAUCAGCUUUUUAACUUACAGACUGACAGUCUACCUGCAAGUUGACUUCACUCCGGACAAGGAAGCUGUAAAGGGCAAGGAUCCUAAAACGUUCUGAUGAACUGAGGAAAAAGCAUGUUCUGUGGAGAAAACUCAACAAGAUUGGAAAGGAAAACUAACCUGUACUGAAGAGGACUUACUAUUCUCCACAAGUUCUGCUGUUCAUUGUUCUGUAGGUGGACGUCAGGAUUCUGUGAUGGUCAUUGCCACCUUGCUUAAAUGAAGACUUUCAUUAGGAACAAGAAAAAGUUCUUCGAGGGACCAGUAAGCAUCAACAGGUGCCUUCUCAGCACCAGGGCACUCAUCCUGUCUUAAUCCCCUGAACCUGUGACAAAGGACUGCAUUCUUCAUGCAUUUCAUCAAUAUCAGUGGCUGAGAGAGACCUGAAACAUGCUGGACCAGUGUUUUCCAAAUAGGAAAUAGGAAAUAGUCCAUAGGAUACUAAUGAGCGUUAGUAAAGGAAUUCAACAAAGAUUAGUACAAAGCUAAAUACACUGCAGGACUUCUCAGAGUCUUUAAUGAUACUGGUGCAUUAUGAGUCUCUUAAAAUGGGGAAUUGUGGGCAGUGGUUUCUGGCUUGACCACAAACCCUUUUUCAUGAGAUUAAUAAUACUUGGAACACAUGUUUGGAAAAUUCCAAUGAUGGUGAAAUUGAGGUUUGGGGAGGUUAAAUAAUUUGUCCAACACCGCAAAGCUAUUUGGAGGCAGCAUUGGUAGGAUUCCAGCCCUGUUGUGUCUUAUCAGGUUAGAUGCAGACUGAGGGACCAUCUCCUUACAGCCUUGGGUCUCACAGUGUUUGCAUCUUCUUUAAAAUUUUCUUUUGCUUUAUUUUUUGGUAGUACUCUGGUUUAAACUCAGGGCCUCACGCUUGCUGAACAGGUGCUCUUCCACUUGAGCCACACCAGCCCUCUUUAUUUUUUAAUAAUGGCCAUCCAGCUAUUUAAUAACUGUGAUAAAGAGAAACAUUUACAAUAUUAUAUUCUAAAGUUUUGGUAAGAUUUUUAUAUCCACACAUAAGGAUUAGAAGUUAGAAUGACUUUCUGUUCUUUUUUAGUAUGAUAAAGUUGAAGGUUAACCAUAUGUGACAUUUCGAGAUUCAUUUAAAAAAAUUUUUACUGAUUUCUUAAAAACCAGAUUUGAUUUUUUUAUAGUCUGCACAUAUUUGUUUCUUGAUUCAUGAUGUUAAGUUCCAGAGUGAAAUGAGUGACUAACAACUUCGACCUGAGGAAAGGAAGCCAGAACAUAGGUCUGAGAUUUGAACAUGGCAAAGCAGAUUGUGGGGAUGCUGCUGCUGAAUUGAUUCUCUGAGAAUCAAACUCAGGCUUUCUUGCUCUGAUGGGAUCAUAAAUCAUGAGGAAUCCCCUCUUAUCAAGAUAAGGCAGUGGGGCAAGGGCAUACAGAGAAUUUUGUCACCAUCAUUUUCCUGAGCCAAAUUUAGUAAAGCUUUUCCACAUUGUUAAGUAAGAGUGAAGUUAGUCAUUUGGAUCUUUCUAGAUUAAUUUCCAAAUUAUAUUUUGUUUUUGAAUCAGUAUAUAAGUGCUUAUAGGUCUGUUUUUAAAUUUUUUUUUCUUUUUGUAAACUUAAUUCGAUCUGUGCCUUUACAUAGACUAUUUUUUUAAAAAUCAAAGAACAGACUUCCGUUCAGUUUGAUGAUGUUAACUGUUUAACAGGAGUUUUGACAACAUGUUUGUUAUACAUUAAUCUGAUUUUUCUGUUUUAUAAUUGUAUUUACUGGUGAUGUAUUAUAAAUGUAUCAUACUUGUCAAUGCUUGUACUCCCCAUGUUCCCCUCCCUAGAGGCAAUUGGUAUAGUACAAAAUGUGUGUGUGCAAAACAGGAGCUGGGCUGCCAGGUCUGUCCCCUCUGGGACAGCUCCUGGCUCUCUCCUGAGCCAGUUGAAGAGGGUCUGUGCAGGGCAGAAGCAGAUACAAAUGGGCCAAUAAGCUGAUGCAACCAUUCCAAUAA